ACACUAGGGGUAUCCAAUAGAAAACUCUUGAGAGCUUGCUCCAAGAAGAAGCCUUUCCAAAUUCCAUUCUUGGUUCAGCAAAAUUCUUGUAAAAAGAUUGAAUCUUUGUUACCCCUUUUGCCAAAAAUCUCUUGAAGCCAUGUCCAAUUUCUCUCUUUCUCCUUCACCUACUUCAGGUUUUAGCCUUAACCUCCAAAACCCUACUAAAACCUCUUAUCUCUCUUUUUCCUCUUCCAUUAAUACCAUUUUUGCUCCUUUAAGUUCCAACACACCGAAAAGCUUUUCUGGUUUGACCCACAAAGCAGCUUUGCCUAGAAAUCUUUCUUUAACAUGUCGCCAUUCUGAUUAUUUUGAACCCCAACAGCAGCAACAACAGCCACAUGGGGCAUCUACACCUAAGGUUUUUGUUGGAUACUCAAUAUACAAAGGGAAGGCAGCUCUCACUGUGGAGCCUCGGUCGCCAGAGUUCUCACCUUUAGAUUCAGGGGCCUUCAAGCUGUCAAAAGAGGGUAUGGUGAUGCUUCAAUUUGCACCUGCUGCUGGUGUUCGACAAUAUGAUUGGAGUAGAAAACAGGUCUUCUCACUGUCAGUGACUGAAAUUGGAUCUAUUAUCAGCCUUGGGGCAAAAGAUUCAUGUGAGUUUUUCCAUGAUCCAAACAAAGGAAGAAGUGAUGAAGGUAGAGUCAGGAAAGUGUUGAAGGUUGAGCCACUUCCAGAUGGUUCUGGCCACUUCUUUAAUCUCAGUGUUCAGAACAAGCUUAUUAAUUUGGACGAGAACAUUUACAUUCCGGUUACAAAGGCAGAGUUUGCAGUUCUUGUCUCAGCAUUCAAUUUUGUUAUGCCAUACCUUUUAGGUUGGCACACUGCCGUAAAUUCCUUCAAGCCUGAAGAUACCAGUCGCUCAAACACUGCUAAUCCAAGAUCAGGUGCUGAACUUGAAUGGAAUCGAUAGUUCUGGUGAAGCUACAAGCACAUUGCCUGUACUACGAUUGCAGGGGCAAGAUGUUCCUUUAGCCCCUGGAUCGACAUUUUGUAUGAACCAUCAUUCACUUGCACCCUCCAAUGAUUUGACAAGGAGUUCUAAUCGGCGAUAGUAGUAUUAACUCUCUUCUUGUAAUGCUGAUUUGCUGUUAGUUGUGUUUAUUAUGUAGUCCACAUUGCAGUAGAAACUCAUUAACUGAUUAUCCUGAUUUCUGUUGAAUGUGAAAUCAGUCUAGUUUUUGUGAAUGUAUUUGGCUCUUUUAUUAUCCUUUUAUGUGCAUAUUGUUCACUUUGUUUCCCUUGUCAAGGCCAUAACUUCAGUAAAAAAAUAUUAUUGUUGCUUGGUAA